GUCUGGGAGCGAGUGGGCGUGGUUUGCGAGCGAGUGGGCGUGGUUUGCGAGCGAGUGGGCGUGGUCUGCGAGCGAGUGGGCGUGGUCUGGGUGCUGGUGGGCGGUGCUAGAGGCGAACAAAAACUGCGCGCGAGCGAGGCGCCGGGCUGAAGCGUGGCGAGUUUAAGUCUCGCUGGCUUUGGUCUCUCAAGUUUACGAGAACAACAACAACAACAACGUCAAGCAGCAAAGUGAAAGAUGAACUCGACUGACUACAAGGAGCGCACCUUGUUCGUAAGCAAUGUGGACCCGCAAGUGACGGAGGGUCUGCUGUACGAGCUCUUCCUGCAGGCUGGGCCCCUGUGCAAGGUGGUGAUCCCAAAGAGUAAGCCUGGCGUGCGUAGUCUGAAAGCGUUCGUCACGUUCAAGCACGUGGAGUCGACCCCGUAUGCGCUGGCUAUGCUUCACGGCAUCUUGCUGUUUGGAAAACCCCUGCAGCUGAAAUUCUACCGAGGCAAUAAAUUCGAAACUCAAAGAAGAAAAAUCUUGCAGAACAGGUCCGCUAUUCUGCACGGAGACGAGGCCCUAUCAUACAGUCACCCCGCCGCACAGCUCCCCGUCACGACGCCCGCUCGCGCAGCACGGCACCCCGGCACGCUGCCCUCAGCCGCUGCGGCGGCGGCGUCGUCUCCCCUAGCCGUGCGGUGCAAGGUUGAACCAUCACCAUUGGCCGAUACACGACAGCUGUUUAUGAACGCCCUGACUUCCCUGCGUGUUGAGCAGCAGCAGGCAAUGCAGUCGAGGGAGCAGGGUCACACCGAGAGGCAGGAUCCACACCACAGGCGCUCGGCUGCGGAGCUCGGAAGCAGUAAUGGAUCUCUGCGGCACAACCACAGCGGCAGUCGCAGCAGCAGAGACGAAGUUGGGAGCGUUGGAGACCGUAUUGAGCGAGACGGCUUCACUGGGCUUGAGGGUGGGAGAAAAAGGGACCUCAGAGCCAGGCUCGGGCCAAACAGAAACCACAGGCAGGCGGACAGCAGAUGUAAAGGAGAGGACCCCAGCAUGGAGUUCGGAAGGUACAGCGGAAGCCCUGAUGGCCGAGAUGACACCGUUUUUGUUGACAUGAGCCACGGUGAAGACAAGAGGAGUUGGUCGUCGUCGUGUGUUUGGCAACACAAGAGUCCGAAAUCUAAUGAUUGGGAGAGGAGGCAGGAAGGAAAUCAUCCUCGAGGCCAUGAUUCCAAAUAUCCGCAGGGAAGAUCACAGCGAAGUUACUCUCCUGGUAUUGAUUCUGAAUCUCGGCAGGGAAGAUCAGAGAGAGAUUACUCUCCAAGUCCGUAUGCUAAAUUUCGGCAGGGAAGAUCACAGCGAAGUUACUCUCCUGGUAUUGAUUCUGAAUCUCGGCAGGGAAGAUCAGAAAGAGAUUACUCUGCUGGUCUUGAUUCUGCAUGUCGGCAGGGAAGAUCAGAGAGAGAUUACUCUCCAAGUCCGUAUGCUAAAUAUCGGCAAGGAAGAUCAGAGCGAAGUUACUCUCCUGGUAUUGAUUCUGAAUCUCGGCAGGGAAGAUCAGAGCGAGGUUAUUCUCCUAGUCUUGGUUCUGAAUGUCGAUUGGAACGAUCAGAGAGAGAUUAUUCUCCAAGUUCAGAUGAAAAGUAUCUGCAAGGAAGACCAGAAAGUGUUUAUUCCCCGCAUCCUGAUGCCAGGUAUCGGGUGAGAAAAAUGGAUGAAGCAUAUUUUAGGAGUCCGGAAGAUCCAUUUCGGGCGCAGAGUCUGGCAGUUCGUUUGCACUCCACGCAUCCCGAUGCGAAUCUCCGUCGGGAAAUUUCACAGCAAGUCUAUUCUCAAAACGUGGAAGGCACGUGUAGAGCAGCGGUGCAAAUGAGUCGCAUGAUCCCAUCACGGACUGAGGAAAUGCCUUCACGGAGCUACAGUGACCACUUGGAGGAUUCCGACAAAAUAAAUCUUGUUUCUCAGAAUAAUUUGAGUCGAGGCAAUGGAAGAGUCAAUUCCCAAUCUCAUCUGACUGCCAUAAGCAAGAGAAGGAAUGACGAAAGAGGUCCUGUUUAUGCUGAUGGCGAUGACGUGACGCUCUACGACCGCAAAAGGAGCUCUCCGGUUGUGUUUGACCAAGAAGAUGAAUACGACAUUAGACGUAAGAUUGACGCUGAGCGCUGGGAAGCAUAUCACACCGACGUGGUUGAACGCAGCCUUGAAGCAAGCUGUCGAGAAGGACUGAACGUGCCGAGACGGAGCGAGAGCAGGUACCUUACAAAGCGAACGGCGUUCAAGUCGGCCAGGCAGUAUGCAUCAGACGAUGGGACAAGUCUCAAGAUUACCACGGUGUUUAAUUCUAGCUAUUAGCUGCACAUUUUUGUCAGAGUCCAGAAUAAUUUGUCGACACGCCAUGGACAACAUGUGUCGUGAGCUGACAGGCUACACGGGUUUAGAUGUUCCAUUGGGAAUGUUCUCGUUACAUACACCAUAAUUUAGUGAUGGUUGCAUUCAUGCUGCAGAUGAAUCAAUGUCACAUAUUUACACUAUGUGCACUAUUAAAUUUGAAAAAGGUGUGUUUGUCCUUUGAAUGUGCAUCAAAAUAUUGCAUUUCAAGGUCGUAAUUUACAAUUGGCCCAAUUGUUUGAUGGGUCUUAGCAUUUUCAUCUACGCCAUCAUCUUCUGCUGUACAGCUCAUAGUUAUAUUUAAUAUAAUUAAAUGGCCAAUAGCGAUAAUGGAUGACCACAAAUUGCGAACCUUUUGCAACGGGCGGCACAAAUCGCGCGACCACUCGGCCCUGUCACCGUCCCAGCAUCUGAUAUUCACCCAAAUGUGCCACCCGGGAUGACUUCACUGUGCCAUCCCCCCUGUAGUUGUCUCCCCGUGGGUGUGUUCCCUCCCUCCUGUGGCACUCCAUUGCUCGUCUCAUUUUCCAGUUGCCAUCCAUUCUCAUGGUUCCUUCUGAACUAAUAUAUGUUAAUUCCCUCGCCUAGUAUGAAGGAGGUCGUUGGUUCAAUCCCGACCCUGCCGGCCAUAUAUUUGAAGUUUGGAUGUCUCUCUCCCUGUGGUUGGGUGGAUUCUUCUCAAGGUCCUCCGGUUUUUCCCUCUACAUUUAGAAACAUGCGUUGUAGAGUAUUUGGCUGUGAUUCAUUUCCACGUGAUAAGCCACUUGGUUGAGCUAUCAUUUGUGGCCAGGUCGCUUCUGAAAAAGAGCUAUACAGCUCAGUGGGCCUUACCUGCUAAAAUAACAACAAAUGGUUUAGUUAACAUUGCCUGCAAUCGUGGGUUCUUCAAGCCUUCUGAUUUAGAGGUUUACUGUUUGUGCCAUUUGUUCUAAAGCAGGGUCCUUCCUAUGCUGCUUGUGCAAGUGUUUAAGGCUGUGAAUGAGAACAUCCUCGCUCUCCCAUCUUCAAAUGCAGUGCCUUCAAAACAGAAAUAACGAUUGUGUGAGAGUACAAGCCUCGUGUUUUGAGUGUCUAUUAGCCCUGUGGGCUCUUUCACUUCUGAGUAAUUCUCCGGAGUAAUAGUUCAGAAGUCGGCCUUCUCAAAAUGGAUGCACAUCAUCGAUCAAAUUAUGACUUUGUAUUUGUGCACAUGCAGUAAUGCAUGCAGCUGUAAACGAAGAAAAAACACAAUUACACAUGGCAUUGUGCAAGGAAUUGUUAACAAUUGUCUUGGCGUGGUAACACAUACUCCUAGUUAUAUUUAAGAAUCCUCAUGUAGAUUUGAAGCUUUCGUGACUGCAGGAAUCCAUACUCUUUGGUUCUUUCGGUAAAGUCACGUAGGUCACAUAGGUGACUUUACCAAGCUUGUUGCGAUCGAAACGUCGUGAUCUCUUAUUUUUUCUACCUACGUGACUUUACCGAAAGAAACAAAGAGUAUGUAAAAUAUAGGAAUACUUAUUUUAUUGCGCAACCUUUGGUUUCCCUAUUUCUUACCAAGUGGGAACGCAACAUAGAUGUGGAGCUCGUGGGCAGUCAUUGACAAAAAAAAUACGUUUUCUAUUAAACUCGCUUUCCUACCCGGCUUCGCCCGGGACUUGGAUUCACCACGCCCGACCGCCUUUGUCUCCCCAGUGGCGAUGUUCACACCACACCAGUUACUCGUUUGAGGCUGAGUCGACCUAGGGGAGGGCCCAGGACUGGUUAAAAUAAUCGUCAUCGGUGGUGGCCGUGAGCGGGAAUCGGGUUCGUAGCGCAGCGCGCUAACCACUACGCUACAAUGCGUCACGCUUCCACAUGCGCGGGUCACGUGACAGAUGUGACGCCACAGCUCACUUGCCGUGCAAAAAAUAUAUGCAUUAUUAAGUUCCACCCCCCCCCCCCCCCCAAAAAGAAAUUCUAUUUUUAAAAUGUUUGCAUGGUGUACAGUCUGGAAAGUGCCCACAUGGCAAAUUUCAAGUUUGCAUGUCGGGAAGUACGCUAAACAUUUUGAACAGACACACACUCACAACUUUGCCUUUUAUAGAUAUGGAGAUGUUCACUGUGUAUAUCACAGGAUGUCGCACAAAGAGCAGUUUUCAAACUUUCUAAUAUCGCAUUAGCCUGGACUCCAUUCAGUCGGUGACAAUGUAUUUCUGAUUCCAAAACAGAACAGUGGCUUUAAUAGGAUACGCUUCUUGGAGCUGUAGAUGGUGCUGUGUAAAUGAAAAAAAAGUAAAUCAAAAGACUUAAACAAAGCUUAUCGUUCUUAUCAAGAUCAAACAUUUUUGCUAAACAAAUUGUAAUAAAAAAGUAACUGCCCAUCUUGUCGAUUGCAUCAAUGCGCAUAAACAUCGUUUUAAACCACAGUAAAGACACAGAGCCUUUGUGAAUAUUCAAACACAUUCGGCAUCUCACGAGGAAGCGCGUCACGGUUCUCUUAAGUCUCCAAAUAAAUGUGUGAACAGAUGUGACCGAAUGACAGCAGCAGUGCUAAACUGUGGACCGGCUCCGUCUUUAUUGCCAGCGAUGCUCACAUCGUCCGCGCAUCCCCCUCAACAUCGUACGAGGAGUCUCCUCGACUUCAAUGCGAAAACAGCCGCGAAACUGACCAAAUGGAAUCAAGGGUGUAAGAAAUAAAACACUUAAACAUCAGCUUAAUCCGCUCCGUUUCAAGCAGUAUGUUUUGUUUGGCCAGCACCAGCAUUCUGUCACGAUGGGGUUCUCUCGUCCCUUCCACAGCUGAUCAUUGUUGACGCGUGCCCCCUGCACGAACAGCAGCAGCACCUUCGUCUGCUGCCAGCUUUGGGAUUGGCAAUCAACCAGGCGAGGGACAUCCUCCCCUUGCCCCACGGCAACACAAGCACACGUUACAUAACUAAUGCUGGGGCUGUGCAAUGCGAGAGCUUUUGCAGCCCAAACUCACCACGCGACCGGUUGUUCACCUCCAGAAGCACCGAGCUUGAGGAUUCUUUCUGGAAAACGAACUUACAUUUACACCACGUAGGUUUUCACGACCUAUAUUAUUCACAAUAAAGGGUUGUUGGGUUAGAGCGUGUAAAUAUAAAAGUGUCGUUAACCCACCAACGCCCAACAGCCAAUUAGCAAGGUUUGUCACGUAAACAAAACGUGGCAGUGAGUUACUACUUGAGCACACCGCUUGUGUGUUGGAGAGUAAAUCCACAUUUACAGUAAAAAAAAUUUGCACGUUUUACGUAACACGUUACUAAUUAUCUGUGUCCGAUGUUGGUAGGGUUAACCACAUUUAUAUUCACGCGAUAGAAGCCAAACCCUUUAUGAUAAAUUACAUUUACAUAUCAACCCAUGAUCGCUCUUCGAAGAGGUGACUGCUCACGCGUAUUUUCAAGAAAUACCCCGCAAUUCAAAGAGUAAUACUGCGUGAAGAGACAUGGUGAAUUACAGGUGUUAGUCAAAGUGGGUUUCCUGCUCAAACGAGCAUUCAGGCGCCGUUGACAGCCCCGAGCGAGUGGUGGAAUUUCCAUGUUCCUAUGUCGUGGACGAGUCUAUCCAUGGGAACACGACUUCACUUUCCCGAGAUUGAAGAAGAGGCAUAUAUGGUGAAAUUAGGCACUCCCAACUUUUGUACAAGACAAGCGACUGUGAUUCCUUCAGGUACUCGGUGGUCUUCCCACUGUAGAAUGUUCUUGCGUUCCUAUCAUUCUCGGUUUAUGUUGCAUUUUCUCAUCAUCAUCGCCCAUAAGCCUUGUUCUCGCACAACACAUUCCUGCGGAGGGAGCUGGUAGGAACGUUGGGUUGCUCGGUCAAUGGCCAGGGUCAACGGCGGCGUGGUGUAUUCCG